GGGAGGUGCUGGAGGGGUUUAAGUGGCAGCUGGUCUGGACUGGAAUGAGUCCCCCCUGUCUCCUAUGCAAACUUCUGGAUCAUGAGCCCUUCCCUUAAAAGGACCAAGAGAGAGGCACCCCCAUCAAGGUGCUGGACUGGAUUCUUAGAGGCUCUACCUGAAGCAGGACUUUUUCCUAUAUCGAAGUCACCAACUGAGGGCAGGGACAAGUCCCCCAUCUUUGGGACAUCUCCCAGGUCUGACUGGCCUUCGUGUGCCCCCCAUGAACAGCGACACCCCAGAGGUGUCCAUCACAGGUGGAGACCUGGUGCCCCAAGACCACACUCGCUGCUGCCUGCCUGUGGUCGAAUCCAGAGAGCAGCUGGAGGAAGAGGAAGAAGAGGAGGGGGAAAAAAAGGAGAGAGAUGGCUUCCACGCUGUGCCCCUCCGAAGAUCAGGAGCCUUCCAUCUCCGUAGCCAUAGCUACGACCCCUUCAAAAGACAUAGUUGGGGGCCAGACAGGGUGCACCAGGAUCCACUGAGCAGGAGCAAACUGCAGGCACUGGGAUGCGCAGGCCCCCAGGAGGCUCCCUCACUGCAGAGCCAAGAGGACCUGGACCCAUUUCUGGAACUGCAGCACGAAGGUGGCCAAUCUUCCGCCGUGGGUCAGUGUUCCUGUCAUCCGUCUGCUGGCCCUUUGGACCACUCAGCCACUGGCAUGCUUUCCAAGUCUGUAUCCAUGAGUAGCAUCAACUGCUUCUUGGGUGGCUCAGAUCCAGCUGGAAAUUUAUCCCAGUCGCCUGCCGCAGCCGACCUUAGCCAAAGCUGUAGCCAAUUGGAAAGGGGCUCAGGGACCUGGGCAGGCUCCUCCCUGCGUCGGACCUUCAGCUUCCUCUUGGGCAUGACCGGAAAGGCCAAGACCCGGGAAAAGGAAAAGAUGAAGGAAGCCAAGGAUGCCCGCUACACCAACGGGCACCUCUUCACCACCAUCUCCGUUUCGGGCAUGACCAUGUGCUAUGCCUGUAACAAGAGCAUCACAGCCAAGGAGGCCCUCAUCUGCCCGACCUGCAAUGUGACUAUCCACAACCGCUGUAAAGACACCCUCGCCAACUGUACCAAGGUCAAGCAGAAGCAACAGAAAGCUGCACUGCUGAAGAACAAUACUGCCUUGCAGUCUGUUUCACUCCGCAGUAAGACCACCACGCGGGAGCGGCCGAGCUCUGCCAUCUACCCUUCUGACAGCUUCCGGCAGUCCCUGCUUGGUUCCCGCCGCGGCCGCUCCUCCUUGUCUUUAGCCAAGAGUGUUUCCACUACCAACAUUGCUGGUCACUUCAACGAUGAAUCUCCGCUGGGGCUGCGCCGGAUCCUUUCCCAGUCCACAGACUCCCUCAACAUGCGGAACCGAACCCUGUCGGUGGAGUCGCUCAUUGAUGAAGGUGCAGAGGUGAUCUACAAUGAGCUGAUGAGCGACUUUGAGAUGGAUGAGAAGGACUUUGCAGCUGAUUCCUGGAGCCUUGCUGUGGACAGCAGUUUCCUGCAGCAGCACAAAAAGGAGGUGAUGAAGCAACAGGAUGUCAUCUAUGAGUUAAUCCAGACGGAGCUGCACCACGUGCGGACGCUGAAAAUCAUGACCCGCCUCUUCCGCACGGGGAUGCUGGAAGAGCUGCAGCUGGAGCCAGGAGUGGUCCAGGGCCUGUUCCCCUGUGUGGAUGAGCUCAGCGACAUCCACACCCGCUUCCUCAGCCAGCUGUUAGACCGCCGGCGUCAGGCCCUGUGCCCUGGCAGCACACGGAACUUCGUCAUUCCUCGCUUGGGUGACCUACUCAUCAGCCAGUUCUCAGGUGCCAGUGCAGAGCAGAUGCGGAAGACCUACUCAGAAUUCUGUAGCCGCCACACCAAGGCCUUAAAGCUCUAUAAGGAGCUGUAUGCCCGAGACAAACGCUUCCAGCAGUUCAUCCGGAAAGUGACCCGCUUGGCUGUGCUGAAGCGGCAUGGGGUGCAGGAGUGCAUCCUGCUCGUGACCCAGCGCAUCACCAAGUACCCAGUGCUCAUCAGCCGAAUCCUGCAGCAUUCCCACGGGCUUGAGGAGGAGCGCCGGGACCUGACGACGGCUCUGGGGCUGGUGAAGGAGCUGCUGUCCAAUGUGGACCAGGAUGUGCAUGAGCUGGAGAAGGGGGCCCGCCUGCAGGAGAUCUACACCCGCAUGGACCCCCGGGCCCAGACACCGGUGCCUGGCAAGGGCCCCUUUGGCCGAGAGGAGCUUCUGCGGCGCAAGCUCAUCCAUGAUGGUUGCCUGCUCUGGAAGACAGCGACUGGCCGCUUCAAAGAUGUGCUGAUGCUGCUGAUGACAGAUGUGUUGGUGUUUCUCCAAGAGAAGGACCAGAAGUACAUCUUUCCUGCCCUGGACAAGCCCUCCGUGGUUUCGCUGCAGAAUCUCAUCGUUCGGGACAUUGCCAACCAGGAGAAAGGGAUGUUUCUGAUUAGUGCAGCGCCCCCUGAGAUGUAUGAGGUCCACACGGCAUCGAGAGACGACCGGAACACCUGGAUCCGAGUCAUUCAGCAGAGUGUGCGCCUCUGCCCAUCCAGGGAGGACUUCCCCCUGAUUGAGACGGAGGAUGAGGCUUACCUGCGGCGAAUUAAGAUGGAGCUGCAACAGAAAGACCGGGCGCUGGUGGAGCUGCUGCAAGAGAAGGUUGGACUGUUCGCCGAGAUGACCCACUUCCAGGUGGAAGAGGACGGCAGCAGCGGGAGGCCCAUGCCCGCCCUGCCCAGGGGCCUUUUCCGCUCCGAGUCCCUUGAGUCCCCUCGUGGCGAGCGGCUGCUGCAGGAUGCCAUCCGUGAGGUGGAGGGCCUGAAAGACCUGCUGGUGGGGCCUGGAGUGGAGCUGCUCUUGACACCCCGAGAACCAGCUCUGCCCACGGAAGCAGAAAGUGGUGGUAACAUGAGUCCUGGAAUCACUGCCAAUGGUGAGACCAGAACCUUCAAUGGCUCGAUUGAGCUCUGUAGAGCCGACUCGGACUCCAGCCAGAAGGAUCGAAAUGGAAAUCAGCUGAGAUCUCCGCAGGAGGAAGCAUUACAGCGACUGGUCAAUCUUUAUGGACUUCUACAUGGCCUACAGGCGGCCGUGGCCCAGCAGGAUACUUUGAUGGAAGCCCGAUUCCCUGAGGGCCCCGAGCGACGAGAGAAGCUGACCCGAGCCAACUCUCGGGAUGGGGAGGUUGGCAGAGCCGGGGCUACCCCUGUGGCCCCCGAAAAGCAGGCCACGGAAUUGGCGUUACUGCAGCGGCAACACACGCUGCUGCAGGAGGAACUGCGGCGCUGCCGGCGCCUUGGCGAAGAGCGGGCAGCUGAGGCUGGCAGCCUGGAAGCCCGGCUCCGGGAGAGCGAGCAGGCCCGGGCGCUGCUGGAGCGGGAGGCUGAAGAGGCUCGCAGGCAGCUGGCCGCCUUGGGCCAGGCCGACCCCCUCCCCUUGGAGGCCCCCUGGGCCCGCAGGCCUCUGGAUCCUCGGCGUCGGAGCCUCCCUGCAGGCGAUGCCCUGUACUUGAGUUUUACUCCACCACAGCCCAGCCGAGGCCACGACCGCUUGGAUUUGCCUGUGACUAUUCGCUCUGUCCAUCGACCCUUUGAAGAUCGAGAGAGGCAGGAGCUGGGCAGCCCUGAGGAGCGGCUACAAGAUAGCAGUGACCCUGACACUGGCAGUGAGGAGGAAGGUAGCAGCCGUCUGUCUCCACCCCAUAGUCCACGAGAUUUCACCCGAAUGCAGGACAUCCCAGAGGAGACCGAGAGCCGUGACGGGGAGCCUGUAGCUUCGGAGAGCUAAGGGGGCCCCUCCCUCCUUCCUGUGCCCCCUGAAGAAUGUUGCUGAGGGAGGCACACCUUGGGGACUCCAGCCUGCCAAUGACCAGGGAACAUUUGAACUGCUGAUUGUCCCUGCCAGCUCUUGGGAUCCUUGGAUACCAGGGGCCAUUUAGGAAGCUGGGGGAAUUAGGCCACAGUGGCCCCUGGUGGCAUCCAGAAACUACACCACAGAUGCCAAUUUUUCAUGCCUUCUUCCCUCUACUUUAGGAAAAUUUAUUUAUUUAUUGUUUAUUAGUUAUGGAGGGAGACGGGAGAUUAGAGGACCAGGGACAUGGGAACCAAGCCAUAGGGAUCGGGGGCCUUGCCCUUUAACACUACUGGGGUUUACUCAGGCUGAACCGUGCCCGCUGCUGGGUUCUCGCCCCGACACCCUCCCGGCAACACUGUCUUUAAAGACAGGCUGCGACCAUAGGACCCUACUGCUCCUUUGAGAAGGGCUGUGGGCAGGGCCAUGUCCCUCUUCCCUCAACCUUGUACUGCUGUUCUCUCUCUCCGUGCUCCGUGGAAGCCCCGGGAGAUAGAGCCCGGCUCCCUGGAGUUGAUGGGAUGGAGGUUGAGGUGGCCAGAAGGGUCGGUUGGGGGUGAGGGAAAAACCCGCAGGGGCCAGAAUGUCUUUUUGUUGUUGUUUUCUUUUUUUGUACCAAAGCCAACUGCACGUGUUUUAUAUUUUUAACAGAAGAUUGUAGGCAGUUAGAAAUUGCAGCCUUCUAUCUGCACUUCUCCGAAGAACUUGGGGGAUGGGGGAGUAAUGACUUCUCCCCUCCUUCUAGUAACAGGGGACCUAGUCCGACCUCUCCCCCAGCCGUCUGGGAACAGUUCUGGGGCGAGUUGGAAAAUCUCUACAAGCCCUGACCGUCUCCUGCACCUCACCAACACUGCUGAAACCUCAGCCUGAAUUUGGGGGAUUUUUCAAUGGAUCCCCAGUGCCCACCAGCCCCAGCCAGUUUGGUUGUAAAAAAACAAAAGAUAAAGCAAGGAGAAUUAAAGACCUGGGACCCUAUGAA